UAAUUUUCCCUCGAGAGAGCUUUAACAGAUGUUUUCUCACGCAUGCACGAUCUUCUUCUAGAGGGCAUCUUGACUAUUAACUGCCAGCAGUUGGGUAGAUAACCCAACCCUCCUUGUUGUAUACUCAAAAUUUUUUUUUGUCAACUUUAUACAUUGUUAGAAUGUUAUUUAAAGUUUGUUUUCUGUCCUUGCUCGUUUACUUUUGUUCCGCUACAAAAGCGGAUCCCGCCAAUACGUAUGAUAUUCUUUACAGCCAGGCGGUAGAAGCAUAUUUAAAUGAGCAAUGGGAUGAGUGCGUUUCGCGCAUGAACGAAGCCAUCGAAGAUUACCACUUUUACAGGGAUGCUGUUGUGGGCUGCCGAAUGGAAUGCAUAAAAGCUUCCUUUGAAAAACCUUUAGUUUCUCCACAUCUAGAAGACAUGAAACUCUGGGAAAAGAUGAUAAAAAAGACACUUUGCUUACUGAAAUGCAAAAAACAAAUCUUGAAAAAUCGAGCAGAACUUGUUGAUCGUCAAAUUGAAGCUGAUUUUGAAACAUUGAAACCUUAUGAUUAUCUUCAACUUUGUUACUUUAAAACAAAUGAUAACAACAAAGCAGCUUCGUGUGCCUAUACUUUCUUAACCAUGAACACUAAUCAUUCGGUGAUGAAAGAAAACCUUCGAUUUUUCAUUAAUGAACUGAAGGUGGAUCCUAACUACAUCAUCAACCUUGAAGCCAAACCAUAUGUCGACAUGUACCUUAGGGGCAGUGAAGCCUACAAGAAGAAGGACUAUGACAGAACCACAAACUACAUGGAGCUUUCACUAGUAGAAUAUUUACAAGCUGAGGAAGAAUGUAGAGCCCAUUGUGAGGGCCCCUUUGACCAGGGCUGGUUUCCAGAUUUCAUUUCUAGCAUCUCAAAUCAUUAUACUUUCACGUUACGCUGCAAGCGAAGGUGUGCCAAAAAACUACAAAACUUGAAUGGCGAGAUACAUGACGACCUCCUACCGAGUCAUUAUCAUUACUUGCAGUUUGCAUAUUUUAAACUGGGGAAUAUCGAAAAAGCUUGCCAGGCUGCGGCCUCUUAUCUUUUAUUUUUCCCUAAUGAUGAGACCAUGAUUGAUAACAAAAACUUUUACAUGACGCUGGGCAACGUAAAUGAGAGCAUGUUCGUUGCGAGAGCCGAAGCACUUCAUUAUCACGAACGUGAAUUAGGAGAGAAAGCGCUACUCCAAUUUAUAGAAGAUAGCUUCCAGUUCGACGAGGGUGAGAUCUUAGAGCCCACUGGUCCCGAUUUUGCCUCAUUUGAUACGGAUCUAGCAACCGUGCCCACGGACUCGAUUACCCAAAACGAAAUCCCCGGCAGCACGUAACUCAUCAGUUAUAGGUGUACAUCCCCAUAGCUAUGUCUUACCCACUUGACCAAUGACUUCCAUUCAUGUGGUGCCUUUUAAUUUUCCAGUUCCAGAACUAUAAGUGCCAAAGAAUUCGUUCUUUAAAGCUGCCUUUCUCCAGAGCGACCAUCUAUUAGAACUUUCAGCUACAAAUACAGCUACAAAAAUGAUAAGUA